AUGUACGGAUUUUUGUACAAUAUUCUGAGUGCGGUGGGCACAUCUGCACCUCUAGCACUCAGGAGUCUGAAAAAGGAGAACUGUGAGAGCUCCUGGCCAACCAGGGUUACACAGUCAGUGCGCAGUCUGCCUGAGCUUUACGGGAAGAAGAGAUAUCUGGCCCUCUUGGGGAGACAGAAUCUAACGGUGCCCACUGACCUCAUUCUGAGUGCAGUCUCCAGCCUGCCUGAGCUGCAGCUCCUCCUUGCCUGGAUCUUCCUCAUCAUCUACAUGAUUACAGUUACAGGCAACCUGGGCAUGAUCAUUCUGACCAAGCUGGAUUCCCACUUACACACACCAAUGUAUUUUUUUAUCAGGCACCUGGCUUACAUUGAUCUGGGUGAUGCCACUGUCAUUUAUCCCAAAAUGCUGCUGAAUUUUGCUAUGGGUCGAAAUACCAUUUCCUAUCAUGCUUGUGCCCUACAGAUGGCCUUCUUCAUUGUGUUCAUUGUCAGUGAACUUUUCGUCUUGUCAGCCAUGGCCUACGACCGCUACGUGGCCGUCUGCAACCCUCUGCUCUACAGCAUCAUCAUGUCCCAGAGACGUUGCCAUGUGCUGGUGGGCAUUCCCUACCUCUACUGUACCACGCAGGCUCUCCUCUUUAUGAGUCUGAUUUUUACAUCCACUUUCUGUGCCAAUCUUCUCAGCCAUUUCUACUGUGACUGUAUCCUCAUGUCGCUUAUGCUGUGCUCAAAUGGACAAGAAAUAGCAACACUGAUCAAUCAUUUUGCGAUAUUUAAUUUGUCAUCCUCGCUCCUGGUAGUAUUGUUAUCUUACCUCAUGAUUCUCUUAGCUGUAUGUCGAAUGCAUUCUGCAGAAGGAAGAAAAAAGGCUUUCUCCACCUGUGCUUCUCACCUGACCGUGGUGGUGGUCUUUUACGGGACUCUUUUCUUCAUGUAUGUGCAGCCCAAAUCUGCUCAGUACUCUGACAUUGAUAAACUGUCCUCUGUCUUUUACACUUUAAUGAUCCCCAUGCUAAACCCAAUGAUCUACAGUUUUAGGAACAAAGAAGUAAAAAGUGCCUUCUACAGGGUCUUCAGGAAUAAUUUUCGAGUUUGUACCUAG